GUCAUAAGAGAAACUCUGUAAACGCUCUUGUUAUGGACUAGAAAGCUUGAACAUCUUGCGAUAUGUCUAAAGAAAACAAAAUGGGGAAAGAGAAAUCGUUUGGCAUACUGGACGCGGAUUUUACCCUUCGCAAGUCAAUUGAGGUAAAUCUUUCUAAGGGGCUGUUAGCACGCACACUCCAUGGUUUUUACGUUCAGUUCAACUUUCAGUUCAGAGUAUCACUCGAAACUAAGUCAAGCAUUCAGGAGACCUUUCUUUCCUUCUGUAGUAGCUCUGACAGUAUAGCUGGAGAAAGCACUAUGAGUAAACCGAAGUCGUUCGAAAUAGGAAAAGCUCAUUUUACUCUCGACAAACCGAUUGAGCGAUUUACCUCAAUUCAAAGCCAAAUCUCUAGCACUGGAGUUGAAGCUAAAGGAGGCGGUAGGCUAGGAGCGGAAUCACUGGACCUAGGUGCAACACAUUUCUCUCUUAGCAAACCGAUUGAGAAGUUUGAUUCCAACUACUGCCAAGCUUUUGGGUCUUCACAAGCGAUACUCUCAUAUUCGUCAGACGAUUUGCUGAUAAGAAGACUUUCAUGGAUACAUGAAGAAGACAACCGUGAGGAAGACUCCUCUUCUUUUAGUGGACUUGGACAGUACCGCAAUCGUUUUUUUUUUCUCUUUAAUUACUUAGACUUGUUUUCCCCUCAACUCGUACAACCUACAAGAAAUAGACCACCUCCCCUUAGAAUACGCCGUCCAGCAAAACAAGUAACAGCAACCACAAGCACGGAAGAAAUUACGACACAAUUUAGUGGCUUAGAAGCUCGUGAGACAGCUGAUCUAGGAAAGAAGCCGCUAACGAAUAGUAACACUAACUGCCAGUGACAAUGUUAAACAAUCGCCAAGUACCUGUAUUUU